AGACAAUCUUAGUGGUGUGUUGCUCAACUCGAUGUAAGAUUUGUCAUCUACGAAGUAUUCAGAUAAAAUAUACAUACUUUUAAUGUAAAGACCAUUUAGUUUAAUUACUAAAUAUACUGUGGAUCUUAUAAAUUGAAUAUAAAGUGCAAACAAGAAGCGAUAUUGUGUAAAGUUGUGUAUAAAAUUUAUGGUGCGGACUAAAAUCAAUACAAGAUGAAUUCUAUAUCAAGAACACCAAAAACUACGCCUAUUACGGAUGAUUACGAUAUAUCUAACACGGUCCUCGGCCUUGGUAUUAACGGAAAAGUGGUAGAAUGCAAGGAGAAGAGAACUGGUAUGAAACGAGCGCUGAAAGUGCUGCACGACAGCGCUAAAGCUAGACGCGAGGUUGAACUACAUUGGCGUGCAAGCGGCUGCAUUCAUAUAGUCGAGAUAAUAGACGUCUACGACAACACAUACGGUGGUAAACGCUGCCUGCUCGUCGUGAUGGAGUGCAUGGAUGGAGGCGAGCUGUUCCAGAGGAUACAGGACAACAGAGAAGGCGCAUUUACGGAGAGGCAAGCUGCAGAGAUUAUGCAUUCAAUAUGCGUCGCCGUACGUCACCUCCACGAUUCGAACAUAGCGCACCGGGAUAUCAAACCGGAGAAUCUCCUGUACACAAGCAUGCAACCGAACGCAAUACUAAAAUUAACGGACUUCGGUUUCGCUAAGGAGACAUUGACACCCGCCGAUACACUGCAGACGCCGUGCUACACGCCCUACUAUGUUGCUCCAGAGGUGCUGGGACCAGAGAAGUAUGACAAAUCGUGUGACAUUUGGUCAUUGGGAGUCGUUAUGUACAUUCUUCUGUGUGGGUUCCCCCCAUUCUACUCCAACCACGGUCUGGCCAUAUCACCAGGCAUGAAAAAGCGCAUUAGACUCGGGCAGUAUGACUUCCCAGAGCCGGAAUGGUCGAAUGUCUCGUCUGAAGCAAAAAAUCUGAUCCGCCGGAUGCUCUCUGUGGAUCCAGCGAAACGUCUCACAAUACACCAGGUGAUGGCCAGCCCGUGGGUGCGGCAGCACGCGCAGGUGCCGCAGACGCCGCUCUACACGCACGCGCUGCUGCGCGACGCGGGCGACGCGUGGGCUGACGUGCAGGACGAGAUGACGCGCUCGCUCGCCACCAUGCGCGUCGACUACGACCAGGUACAAAUCAAAGCGCUGGAACAAAGCAACAACUCGCUGCUGAAUAAAAGACGAAACAAAGUAGGUGCUUGAGAAAUUACAUAGUAAAUAUAAAUAUGACCCGACAGUGUGACCAGAAUAAUUAAUGUCUCAAUUGUUUUUUAUUAUACAAAAUGUAAACAAAUAAUAUCGUACAGUUGCCAAUGUUGCCAGUAGACUUUUUUUAAUUUAUCGUACAAUGUGAUUUAUUUGAAACCGUAUUCGGUUUAAACGUACGCACUUGUAACACUGAGAUUUAUUUAAUGUAUGUUUUCUUUAUAUUGCCUAGUUGGAAAACUACAAAACCAAGAUACAUAAAUAUAUAGGCUAUUCUUAGCAGUUACAAUCUCUAUAUAUUUGGACUGUUGAAUGUCGAGCGUUAAUUUCAUGAUCUUGGUUUAAUAUUAGAAAUAUCUUAUGUCAUAGCCAAGAAUAUAAUGGUGCUUUCGUAGCCUUUUUUUU